AAUAAAUAAGUAAGUCUAAUACACCACUUCGCCUCGCAAUAAGGCGGUUGGUUUUGCUAAGUUCAAUGCGUUUGUAGGGUGGUGUAGUUUAGUCUUGGACCAUUAAAUCCACUAUGAACAAGUGUUAAAAUGGCUGUUUGGACACGCGCUGAUAAGAAUGGACUACUGGAACUAUUGCUGCGGGAUCGCUGGAUUCGUGUUUUGGCAGAACUCACAAGAGAAACGCUAACUCUGACAGCAGAUGCCGAAGUUAGCCCGGCGCACGCAGGUGCUGUGGAUUUAAACCCCAAUUCCGGUGUGUGGAAUGGAAUAUCUAAUGGUACAGGUCCAGCUGUGAACUCGAAUCGGAUCCAGAACCAACACGGGAAUCACAGCGCACUCCGGCGGACCGGGAGCCCUGCAGGAGUUGCCGCGAAUCCCACCUAUGGGUUUGGUAGCCCCGGUUCUUUUCGUAUUGCCCAGGACAACGGGAACAACUCCGAUUUUGGAAGCCCUGGCUCUAGCUAUGGUAGUCCUGGCUCCAGUUUUAGCAGCGCGGGUCCUGGGCGUUAUGGAGAAAAUAGUUUGAAUUUAGAAAGUAGUCAGUCUGAAACGGUGAGAAAAGUUCGCAUCGUGAAGCAGGAGUCUGGCGGACUCGGCAUCAGCAUCAAAGGAGGACGCGAGAACCGAAUGCCCAUCUUAAUUUCGAAGAUUUUUCCGGGUCUGGCUGCCGAUCAGAGUCGCGCUUUGAGGGUCGGCGAUGCUAUCCUGUCCGUCAACGGUAAUGAUCUCCGCGAAGCUACCCACGACCAGGCCGUCCAAGCGCUGAAGAAAGCCGGCAAAGAGGUGACGCUAGAAGUUAAAUAUAUCAAAGAAGUGACUCCUUUGUUUAAAAAGCCAACCUUGGUGGCAGACCUCCCGUGGGAUAAUGUGCGGCCUCAGUCACCCAGCCUCAGUGGCAGUGAGGAUUCAGGUUCUCCAAAGCAUUUGGCCAGCAACAAGGAUAAGAAGGUCAUCCCACUGAAAAUGUGUUUCAUUAGCCGCAACCUGACCAUGGCAGAUCUAGAGAACAGGUUGCUGGAGCUCCACUCCCCUGAUGGAAGGAGUACAGUGGUUCUUCGGUGUAAAGAUGCAGCUUCUGCCCACUCCUGGUUUACAGCAAUUCAUACCAAUGUUGCAGCGUUGCUCCCACAGGUCCUGGCUGAGAUCAAUUCCAUGGUUGGUUCAAGCAACACUAGUAGCAACCGAGAAGUCAGGCACAUAGGCUGGCUUGCAGAACAGACAAAACUUGAUGGAGGUCGUCACCAGUUUAAGCCUAUUAUAAUGGCCCUAACAGAGAAGGAUAUUCUCAUCUUUGAUAGUAUGCCAUGGACAAGGGAGGCUUGGAUGUCUCCAUGUCGGACUCACCCACUUCUUGCUACAAGGUUAGUACACUCUGGCUCAGCACGAGGCUCACCAUCAUUUGGAUCAGAGCUCGCCUUCGGCACAAGGACAGGAACAAGGCAAGGCAUCGAGUCCCACUUCUUCAGAGUUGAAACACACUGGGACCUGUCCUCCUGGACCCGGUUGCUGGUUCAAGGUUGCCACAGCGCUGCAGAACUCAUUAAAGAGGUUACAAUAGGUUGCACAUUAAACAACCAAGAUGUCCGGUUGAACAUCCAUUAUGAGAAUGGGUUCACUAUCGCAAAAGAGGGAGCAGGACCUGGAACUACUGCUAUACUGUAUAGAUACCCAUUUGAAAAGUUAAAAAUGUCUGGAGAUGAUGGCAUUCAGAAUCUCUACCUGGACUUUGGAGGACCUGAAGGAGAAAUGGUUCUGAAUCUUCAUUCCUGUCCAAAACCAGUGGUUUUUGUUCUACAUUCAUUUCUUUCUGCCAAAGUGACCAGGAUGGGAUUACUAGCUUGAGCUGUGAUAACUGCCACAAGCAAAAGAAGACAGUGCUUCUUUUAUCAGCCUUUAUUUCCAAAAUGAUGAAAUAUGUCUGAAAAGAUGACAUCUGCAACAUGUUUAUGUCCUCUGCAGAUUUAAAAAUGUAACUCACCCAUGCUGGUGUUCAUACAUUUAUGCAGAAAAGCCUUUUUGUUCUUCGAAGUUGUUGAUUUGCAGGAUUCGAGUGUUGAAGCAACUUGGCUUACAAAGUGUAAGGAGGAGCAAUUUGAGGCACCAGUUUCAUUCCUUAAAUUUUAUACAUAUAUAUAAAUGUAGAACACACACACACACA